AUAUAUAUAAUGUUGUGUCAGUGAAACCAGAAUUAAACACACAUCCAUCAUGGUACAAUCUAAUAAGAAGUUCAGAGGUGUCAGGCAAAGACAGUGGGGGUCUUGGGUCUCUGAGAUCAGACAUCCCCUCUUAAAGAGAAGGAUAUGGCUUGGAACAUUUGAGACAGCAGAAGCAGCCGCCAAAGCAUAUGAUCAAGCAGCCAUUUUGAUGAAUGGACAAAGUGCCAAGACUAAUUUCCCAGCAAGAAACAAGAUGAUCCUAUCCGCCGACAACUCACUAUCAACGUCAGCGGAUGCUGAUGAUCAGAUUCCCGCGGCCACUCUUGCCGCCAAGCUACGUAAAUGUUGCAAAGAUCCAUCCCCUUCCCUUACCUGUUUACGUCUUGAUAGUGAUAACUCUCACUUUGGUGUGUGGCAAAAGCGCCCCGGAAAAGGGUCUGGUUCCGGAUGGGUCAUGAAGGUCGAGCUUAGUAAUGGCGCCAACAGAAAAGAAGCAGGGACGACUACGUCCGCAGCAAUCAAGGAAACGUCCUUGUCUCCGGUUGCUACUUUAGUUAAUGAUCAAGAAAUAGAUGAAGAAAACAAACUUGUCAUGCAAAUGAUAGAAGAAUUGCUUAAUUGGAAUUCAAGUCCACCUUCACUAUGUAUAGUCAAUAACAGUAGUAACAAUUAGUCUAUAUAUAUGACGACCAAGCUAGACACACAAAAUUAUAAGCCCCUAGCUUGCUUCAUUUUUAUUAUGGAAUAUAUUGCUACAAGAUUUUUCUUCCUUGAUUAAUUAUUUAUUAAGUUGAAUAAUUCAAUCAUUUUGCAUGAUUUCAAUUAGUGAAAGUAUAUAUCUAUAUAUAUAGCUAUAAGAAAAAAUUCAUGGAAGCUAGGCGUGAAUGUGGGGAAACAUUUAUCCAUACGUAAAGUGUUUUUCUAGUUGACACUUAUUAAAUGUAUAUUGUAAAAAGAUAAGAUAUAUAUGUAAAGUUUGUCGUUA